GACCCAAACAUCAACAACUUCAUCUUCGUCGCUCUCCACAAAUCUCUCCGUCUCCCUCACCUUCUUUUCCUUCUAUUCCCCUCUAACCCCUCCUUCGGACCCCAUAUCAUCGUAUCCAUCUUCAUGCUUCGAGCUAUCAUCACUCUGCAGGGACUUUUUUGACUACACGAUUUCAUACAUUGCAUAUCGAAGCAAACGAUUGGCAUAAUCCCCAAUAAUUCUUGAUUCAUUGUCCAAUUGAAACCCAUCCCUUUCACCAAACAACAUUCCUUCAUGACAUCUUGAUCGCGAUAGCUUCUUGACGCUUUUUCUGAUACUCGCAUCACUGCAGCAAUAACAAUAAACAGUCCCGUCAUCGCAAAUCGGCUUCGGCUCUUGCUAUCGUGUACCUGGUUUGGAGGAAACAAUAGCUUCAAUCAUGGACGCUCGACCCCAAAGACCUUCACGAUUUACUCAAGCCAAUACUAAUGGUGAUGAGAACGUCGCACCUUUAAUUACCAAACAACAAUCAACUCUACAUCAGAAACACAAGUCCACAGGAGCCUUAACAAAUAUGUUAGCAGUCGGAGGACUCAAGGCUGCUGCCAAGAGGACUGCAUUUGGAGAUGUUAGCAAUACCGCAAAGACUUUGACUACUAUUCGGGACGAGUCUGCCGUUAAUGGCAAGUCUGUCGAAACCAUUAAGCCUAUUGCUACUCAGGAUAAGUCAGCUGCACUUUCAAAGCCAGCACAACGACCACUCAACAAUGGCCUCAAAGCACCAUUAGCUACAUCUACUUCCGAACAACCUUCUAUUGCUCCACUUCAAAAACAACCUCAAGCAAAUAACACCAAGCGCAAUACUUUGGCUAAGAAGGGUGCGGUAUACAAGGAUAACGAAAAUGAAAACAUUCAACCACUGGCGCAAAAGCCAAUUGCCUCGAAUAGUUCAGCCCAUCAAACCCUCGGUCCCAGACAUGCUAAGAGUCAGCCUGAGAUCAAGGCCGAACAACCGCUUUUACGACGAACACAGAGCAAGCAGUUAAGCAACGCUGUUGACAAUGCUGAACCCACAAUCUAUCACAACGCUUCGGAGGAUCCUUUGAAGGAGAACGUCGACGAAUCUCACCUCCGAUCUAUCAAGGAAAAGGAUGAGUCUGCUAUCACCGAGAAGUUGAAGUCACAAAAGCAAUUGCCAGCUGCACCAAUUGCCUCCGAACCCGAAGAAUAUUGGCCCGAGGAUGAAGAAGAGACCUAUGACGACCAAGGCUAUACAACCGCCCAUUCGUUCCGAGGGGAGAAUACCACUGGAGGAGCAACCACGGUUAUCGUCCCAAAGGUCACAAACAAGGUUAAGAAGGAGCUUGAGGAUGCCAAGAUUCUUGUCGAGUCUGUUCGAACCCAAGAAGAUAUCGAGGACGAGAUGUGGGAUACGAGCAUGGUAGCUGAGUAUGGCGAAGAGAUCUUCACAUACAUGAGAGAGCUUGAGAACAAACUUCUUCCCGACCCACACUACAUGGACACACAAGCAGAGAUCCAAUGGUCAAUGCGAUCUGUUUUGAUGGAUUGGUUGAUCCAGGUUCACCAACGAUUCUCUCUACUACCCGAGACCCUCUUCCUUUGCGUCAACUACAUUGAUAGAUUCCUUUCAAAGAAGGUUGUUUCGCUUGGCAAGCUUCAAUUGGUUGGUGCUACCGCCAUCUUUGUUGCUGCCAAGUACGAAGAAAUCAACUGUCCUUCCAUCGGAGAGAUUGUCUACAUGGUUGAUGGUGGUUACAGCAGUGAAGAAAUUCUCAAGGCAGAGCGAUUCAUGCUCAGUAUGCUUCAAUUCGAGUUGGGAUGGCCUGGACCAAUGAGCUUUCUUCGUCGCAUCAGUAAGGCUGAUGAUUAUGAUCUUGAAACUCGAACAUUGGCCAAGUACUUCUUGGAGGUCACCAUCAUGGAUGAAAGAUUUGUCGGUAGCCCACCAAGUUUUGUUGCUGCUGCAUCCCAUGCUGUUUCUAGGUUCAUGCUCAGCAAAGGUGAUUGGUCUCCAGCCCAUGUUUAUUACUCUGGUUAUACUUGGAAUCAGUUGAAGCCAUUGGUUGCCUUGGUUAUUGAGUGCUGCGAGAAUGCUCGAAAACAUCAUGCUGCUGUCUUUGAGAAAUAUUCCGAUCGCCGUUACAAGAGAGCAUCUACUUACGUCGAAGAUCAAAUGAUCAAGGGCUUCCAAAUCCCAGGUAUCAAUCGCCGCCGACAAUCUCCAUCUAUUCCAGCUCCUUUACGCCUCGAUUCUCAAUACCAAAAUGUUACCUUUGACCCAUUGUUGUCCAUCGAGGAGAACUCUCAGCGAAUGGUUCAAGCAAGAACCUAAGAAUCUUAAUUACAAUAAUCCUUUAUAACAACACAUCACACAACAUUCAAUUCACUGUAUUUUAUUGGACCAGAUACGAUUUUGAAUCGACUACCAUUCCUUUGGCAUUUCGAUUUAAACAACAUCUGGAUCCACUUUUACCAUACCCCUUCAUUAGACCACAUUGCUUCACAGUGGCGUUGGCGGCGUUGCAUACAAAAUCAAUUGGUUGCCGUCAUCACUUUGCACAACGCAUAAUGGUUGGCUUUUAUUUUACUGGUUUUGUUCUUCCCCUUCCUGGUUUUUUAGUGAGGGAGAGGGUUUUGCUCAAUGAUAUGGCUUUUAUAUCCUCUUCUGGAAUUUAGGGCAGAUACCUUUGCAGCAUCACGACUUUCAUGAUCUGAUGAUACCAUGACUUUUUGAGUUAUUUGCUUUUUACCUGGUGCAGGAGGGACAAUGGAUUGAGAAAGGGGAGGAAAAUCAAAGCAAAUGGGCGGCAAUAUAUCCACUGAUCGGAUAUGUACUGCUUAUCAUCUUACAUCAAUAUGGGGAGUUUAAUGGCAGGGGACGAUUCUGUAUUUUUUUUCUUUUUCUUAUUGCAAUUGUUUCGUCGUCGGAGUUCUAAUUCUCAUCCACGGAUGGGAUUGGAAUGAAUUGUAUUCCCAAGAUACCAUGAAGAAGUAUUGGCAUAUGAUAAAAAUACUUCAAAUUGAAAAAUAAAAAUAAGAUAAAAACA